UCGGUGGCCGCAGAGUCCCCGGAGUCCGGGAGCCGGGAGCGCUGUGCCGGGAGCCUCGCGCAGAGCGCAGCGCGCCGGGCUGGGGCCGGGGCCGGAGCGCAGCAAGAGGGAGCGCGCCCGCCCCAGCCCCGAGUCCCCGCCGCGCCGCGCCGCGCCCUCCCUGAGCCCCCGCCGCCGCCACCGCAGCGCCGGCCCUGCGCCCGCCGCCGCCAGCCAUGGAGCCCGACAACAGCCCCCGCAAGAUCCAGUUCACCGUCCCGCUGCUGGAGCCGCACCUUGACCCCGAGGCGGCGGAGCAGAUUCGGAGGCGCCGCCCCACCCCUGCCACUCUUGUGCUGACCAGUGACCAGUCAUCCCCAGAGAUCGAUGAAGAUCGGCUCCCCAACCCACUUCUCAAGUCCACUUUGGCAAUGUCUCCACGGCAACGGAAGAAGAUGACAAGGACCACACCUACAAUGAAAGAGCUCCAGACAAUGGUUGAACAUCACCUGGGGCAACAGAAGCAAGAAGAAGCUGAGGGAGCCGCUGGGAGCACCGAGACCCAGGAGUCCUGCCCACCUGGGAUUCCAGACACAGGAGCAGUGUCAAGGCUGGGCAGCUCGGGAACAGCACAGAAGCUUGCAGAAUCUACCCCCAAAGCUCAAGAGAGGUGCAGUGAGGAGGACCCUUCAACCCACAUGCCACCACUGGAUUCUCAAGGGUCCAAUUUGGUCUGAGAGGAGAAGGUAUCCUGGACUCCUGCAGUUUGGGGAUGCAUGGACACUGGAUCUCUUUCUUAUUCCUUCACUUUUGGGGGGGAAAUCUCUUGUUUUUAAAAAGUGAUAAAUUUGCUGUUAGGUC